AUGGCCGGAUCUUCGCAUAAUGUUAAAAUGCCUAUCGUUUUACUGAUGAUAAUAAUCAUUGGGACAAUAGAAGGGCGAAAAGUUCAAAAUUGUGGUAACGUAGGAAACGGAGGAGAAGUGGGGGGGAGUUUUAAUGGUGAUAAAAAUGGUGGUCAAGGUGGAAGAAAUGGAAACGAUAUGGGCAUAGGAGGUGGAGGAGGAGCAAGUUUUGGUGGAGGUGGAGGUGGGGGAGGUAGCAUUAGUGGUGGAGGUGGAGGAGGUGCAGGAGGAGGUGUUAGAGUUGGUGGAGGUGCAAGUGGUGGAGGAGGUACUGGAAUUGGUGGAGGUGGAGGUGGUGGAGGUAGCAUAGGUGGUGGUGGAGGUGCUGGAAUUGGCGGAGGAGGAGGUGCUGGUCUAGGUGCAGGUGUAGGAGGUGGUGCUGGAAUUGGCGGAGGUGUUGGAAUUGGCGGAGGUGCUGGUGGAGGUGGUGGAGGUAGUGUAGGUGGUGGGGGUGGUGCUGGAAUUGGUGGAGGAGGAGGUGUUGGUGUUGGUGCAGGUGGUGGAGGAGGUGCUGGAGUUGGUGGAAACGCAGGUGUUGGAGGUGGUGGAGGAGCUAGUGUUGGUGCAGGUGGUGGAGGAGCUAGUGGUGGUGCAGGUGGGGGAGGAGCUAGUGGUGGUGCAGGUGGGGGAGGAGCUAGUGUUGGUGCAGGUGGUGGAGGAGGUGCUAGAGUUGGUGGAGGUGCAGGUAAUGGUGGAGGUGCUGGAAUUGGUGGAGGAGGAGGUGCUGGUGUUGGUGCAGGAGGAAGUACUGGUGCAGGAAUUGGUGGAGGAGGAAGUGUUGGUGUUGGAACAGGUGUAGGAGGAGGUGCAGGUGCUGGAAUUGGUGGAGGAGGAGGUACUGGUGUUGGAGCAGGUGGUGGAGGAGGUGCUAGAGUUGGUGGAGGUGCAGGUGGUGGUGGAGGAGGAAGUGCGAGUGUUGGUGCAGGUGCAGGAGGAGGUGCUAGUAUUGGUGCAGGUGGUGGAGGAGGUGCUAGUAUUGGUGCAGGUGGUGGAGGAGGUGCUGGAGUUGGUGGAGGUGUAGGUGGUGGUGGAGGUGCUGGAGUUGGUGGAGGAGGAGGUGCUGGUAUUGGUGCAGGAGGAGGUGCUGGUGUUAGUGCGGGUGGUGGAGGAGGUGCUGGAGUUGGUGGAACUGCAAGUGGUGGUGGAGGUGGUGGAGUUGGUGCAGGAGGAGGUACUGGAGUUGGUGGAGGCGGAGGUGGAGGUGCUGGAGUUGGUGGAGGAGGAGGUGCUGGUAUUGGUGCAGGAGGAGGUGCUGGUGUUAGUGUGGGUGGUGGAGGAGGUGCUGGAGUUGGUGGAACUGCAGGUGGUGGAGGAGGUGCUGGAGUUGGUGGAACUACAGGUGGUGGUGGAGGUGCUGGAGUUGGUGGAGGAGGAAGUAUUGGUGUUGGUGCAGGUGUAGGAGGAGGUGCUGGUGGUGGUGGAGGUGCUGGAGUUGGUGCAGGUGGUGGAGGAGGUGCUGGAGUUAGUGGAGGAGGAGGUGCUGGUGUUGGUGCAGGAGGAGGUGCUGGUGUUAGUGCGGGUGGUGCAGGAGGUGCUGGAGUUGGUGGAGGAGGAGGUGCUGGUAUUGGUGCAGGAGGAGGUGCUGGUGUUAGUGCGGGUGGUGGAGGAGGUGCUGGAAUUGGUGGAGGUGCAAGAGUUGGUGCAGGUGGUGGAGGAGGUGCAAGUGUAAGUGGUAGUGGAGGAGGGGGUGUUGGUAUUGGUGCAGGAGGAGGAGCUGGUGCAGGAAUUGGUGGAGGUGGUGGAGGUAGCAUAGGUGGUGGUGGUGGUGGUGUUGGUGCAGGUGGUGGAGGAGCUGCUAGAGUUGGUGGAGGAGGAAGUGUUGGUGUUGGUGCAGGUGUAGGAGGAGGUGCUAGAGUUGGUGGAGGUGCAGGUGGUGGUGGAGGUGCUGGAGUUGGUGGAGGAGGAGGUGCUAGUGCUGGUGCAGGUGCUGGUGUUGGUGGAGGUGCAGGAGGAGGUGUAGGUGGUGGAGGUAGCAUAAGUGGUGGUGGUGGGGGAGGUGCUGGUGUAGGUGGAGGUAUUGGUGUUGGUGGCGGUGGAGGUGCAGGUGCAGGAGGAGGUGUUGGUGGUAGUGGUGGUAGAGGAAGUGUUAGUGUAAUAGGAGGUACUAGAAUUAGUGGAAAUAAAGGUGCUAGUAUUGGUGCAAGUGCAAGAAGAGGUGUUGGUGUAAAUGGAGGAAACAAAAUAGGUAAAAGUGUCGGAGUAAAUGGAUCUGGUGGAGGUACUUAA